GUGGCAGGAGGAGCAAAGCAGCAGAAGCUACAGCAUUAGCAAACCCUGUUCUAUCAGCUUAGCUCUCCCUUCACCAGACCCAACUGCUUUACUUUUUUUUGCAACUGGCUAUUGAGUUGUGUGUGCUUUCCCCUAUAACAACUUCUCCCUCCUCCUUGUUCCCUCAGGAUUUACUACUUAUGUAGAAAGAGAAAUAUUCAUUUUUAUUGGUUCUCCUCCACAAUAUGUGAUUUAUUUUUUUCUAAUAUUUUUUUUAUUUUUACUCAUAAUAUCCUAUAGAUUUACAAAGUACUUUGGACGCUUUUUGGCACACACACAAAACUUUUUUUUCUUUGCUAUCUGGAAAGGGAAUCCAAUAGGAGAGCAGGCUGAGUGUUAAUGCUGAGAGGAGGAGUGAGUGCAUGUGUAUGUUGUGUAUACCUUUGCAUGCCUAGAGCACGACUGAUCAGAAGUGUGUUUAAGUGACAAUAAUGUGUGGUCACCGAAUGGUUGGACAUUCUGCUCAUUCCUGGGAAUUUAUCACACAUAUUGGAUUAUAGAGACAGAAGACGAAGGCUCAUUCCUAACCUGAACUGAUUUAACCCCCAGUAUAAAUAUAUUUCUUUUUAUGUCUGAUUUGGUGAAAGAUCCCCUUUUCUCCCAAGAGGAUGUGAUGUGCACAGAGGUGAUGCACUGACCUGUUGUUACUUUAUCUGGGUGUCAUCCAUGCUGGGACUGUACCCCAACCUGGCUUCUGAUUCCAUUUAACAAACCACCUGGAGACAAACAAACAAAAAAAAGUAGUGGUGUUUAAAGGGAAAAGGUGGCAGUUUGGGGCACUGCAAACUUCUUUCCAACACACUGUGCAGUGGGACUGGGAUGGGGGAUUUCACUGCCCCCGCUGCAUCAUCCAACGCCAGUAGCCUGUGCAUCCUGGGCAGCAGCAUCGGUGGUACUGGUCACAAUAGUAAUAAUACCCCUCCCAGCGCUGCUGCCCCCAAUGCACCGAACAAUAGCAGCAGCAGCAAUGGGAGCAGUGUGAGCAUUCCUAAGCACAGCACUGUGGUGGAGAGGCUCCGGCAAAGGAUUGAGGGCUGCAGGAGGCACCAUGUUAACUGUGAGAACAGGUACCAGCAAGCCCAGGCUGAGCAGUUGGAGAUGGAGAGAAGGGAAACGGUGAAUCUAUACCAGAGGACGCUGGAGCAACGGGCUAAGAAGUCAGGCAGCGGCCAAGGGGCUGCUGCGUCUAGUUUAGGUUCAACUGCUGUUGGGACUGGUGGCAGCAAGCAGCACCAUCAUCAUCACCAGCAGCAGCAGCACAUGCAUCAGCAGAGCAAGCAGCAGGAUGCAGAGGCACCGGCCAGUGGCACGGCAGAGCAGAGAAACCACACUCUGAUCAUGCUUCAAGAAGCUGUGCAGAGAAAACUGGAAGGUGCACAUUCACCUCUUAAUGGAGAGCAACAAACAAAUGGACUCUGUGAUGGAAGAUUCUCUCCGUCUGCUAAGCGUAGAAGGAAGGAUUUGCCUGGAAUGGAUAACCUCAAUAAUAUUACAAAUUUGCCACUGCCAUCUGUGUCACCGCUUCACCAGCUUGAUAUCAAGCCUAGUCUACCUGUUCAGAGUGGGUUGGAAGACCUCAAUAAAAAUGGUGGACAACAGGAUAUGACAAUAACAUUGAAUGGCUCCACUGAUCUGGAGGACAGUCUUAAUAUCUUGCAGAACAAGGAGAUGAAGCAGGAGCAGCUGGAUGAUGCUUCUGUCAUAGACACAUCUGAAACAUCUCUUUCCAACCAAAACAAACUCUUCUCUUAUAUCAAUUUAAAUGACCAGGAGUGGCAGGAGUUGAUAGAUGAACUGGCUAACACUGUCCCAGAAGAUGAUAUCCAGGACUUGUUCAAUGAGGAUUUUGAAGAGAAAAAAGAUGUAGAUUUUUCUAGGCCUUCUGCCCAAACACCCAUUCCUCAAGAAAGUGCCAGUGUAAAGAGUGACCCACCCCACUCACCUUUUCCUCAUGUAUCCCUAGGCUCUCCCCAGGUGAGGCCAUCUUCUUCUGGGCCUUCUUUUUCUAAUGUAUCCUCAGUGUCAAGCAUACCUUCAGUAUCCAGUGCACCAUCAACUUUAAUUCUUGCUAGCUCACCAACAAGCUGUGUUAUCCAGUCUCCCCAAACUCCUAACCAAGCCCAUACGCCUGGCCAACCCUCAACUCGGCCUGGAAAUGGCUAUGUUAUGAACUCAGCUUCUAAUUCUGGAAGUGGAUCUGUAAAUCUACCUACUGCUGACAUGUCUCCAGCUGAGCAGCUUAAACAAAUGGCUGCACAACAACAACAGCGAGCAAAGCUCAUACAGCAGAAGCAGCAACAUCAGCAACAUACAAACCAGCCAUCUAACUGGUCACCUGUUGGGCCCCCAACUAGCCCAUAUGGAGGAGCAUAUGCUACUGAAAAGCCAAGCAGUCCAAUGAUGUAUCCUCAGGCUUUCAACAACCAAAAUUCCAUAGGGCCUCCAAUGGCAACCAGCCAACCUAAGACCACCAUGAACAACUACCUCCCACAAAACCACAUAAAUAUGAUCAACCAGCAGACAAGUAAUUUGGGUACAAAUCCUAUAAAUAAACAUCCUAAUAUGCUCAAUUAUGGCAAUACAAAGCCACUGACACAUUUUAAUGUAGAAAUGAGUCAAAGAAUGACUCCUCCAAUUGCCAACCAAAAUAAAAAUGCCAUGAUACCAUACAUGCAACAGCAGCCCCAGCAGCAGCAAGCACCUCCAAUGCCAACUCAGAUAAGCCAUUUGAGUGAGGAUCAGAAACGGCUGCUUAUCAUGAAGCAGAAAGGGCUCAUGAAUCAGUCAAUGGCAUAUGCGCCACAUCCGAACCAUGGCCAGGAGCAGAACACAGUUGGGAUGUCCAGACCUACUGGUCCCAUGCAACAAUCUGUUCCAGGAGCUGGUGCAAAUCCUGGGGGCCCAGGCUUUAUGCCCAGCCAGCCUCAAGCUGCCAUAAUGAAGCAAAUGCUCAUUGAGCAGAGGGCCCAGCUUCACGCUAUAGAGCAACAAAAGCAGCAGUUUCUCAGGGAGCAGAGGCAACAGCAGCAUUUGCUAGCCGAGCAGCAGCUGCAGCAGCCUCACUUAAACAGACAGCACCUUCAGCAACAAAGGAACCCAUACACUGUGCAUCAAGUCACCCAGUUUCAAGGGUCUCCACAGGACAUAGCAGUAGCAAGAAACCAGGCAGCACUUCAGAAUAUGCGAACAUCCCGGAUGAUGGUUCAAAAUGCUAGCAUGCUAUCUAUGGGUCCCACACAAAACCCAGGCACCAUGCCUACAGCCACUCUCCAACCUGAGAUGGGUAUGGCCCCUUACAGCAACACUUCAUCCAACCAGCCAGGAAUGUACAGCAUGAACAGUGGUGUAAACCAAAUGAUGCAGCAUCCUAACCAAAAUAGCAUAAACAUAGGCCAUAGUGCUGUCCAGGGUCCAAGGCAGCCAGCUUCUGGGCAGGCAUUGGGUAUGGUUGGGGGUUUUGGUCAGAAUAUGUUGGUAAACUCUGUUAUGCCUCAACAUCAUCAGCAAAUGAAGGGACCUGUAGGUCAGGCCAUUCCUAGGCCUCAAGGCCCAAGACUUCAAAACAUGAUGACAUCAUUACCACAGGGAGCACAAAAUUGGACACAGCGUGGGUUACAAGGCAUGUCUGUCAGAACUAGUGGGGAAAUGGGGGCUUAUAACAAUGGCGCUGUCUACCCAAUGCAAUCAGGGCAACAAAGGAUGGCUAAGCAACACUUUCAGCAAGGGCUCACGCAGAGUGUUGUGGACAGUACAGGAACAGUCAGAGCCCUGAAUCCAGCAAUGGGAAGACAAAUGAUGCCAUCAUUGCCAGGGCAAGGAAACAGUCAACCAAGGCAAAUAAUGGCUGGCAUGAACCCAGGACUUCCAAACAUGUCAAGUUUUAAUCAGACACCAACACAGCAAAUGGCAGGUGGCAAUUUCUCUCAGAGUAACCAAGGUCAGACUUAUGAAAGAAACCCAAACCAGGACUUGCCAUAUAGUUAUCCAGAUACUGCUGCAGGUUCUUUUGCAGGGAUAGGGGAUGGUGUGGACCUUGUAGACUCUAUCAUAAGCAGAGGACCAGCAGAUGAAUGGAUGCAAGAACUUGAUGAAUUGUUUGGAAAUCCUUAGUAAUGGACAUAUGACAAUAAUUUUAUAUAUGUGUAUACUGUUCUUAGUGUAAAAGAAUGGUACCCUGUCUGUGCUUGUCCUGUAUAGCUGAGGUGAACUGCUGGCAGUCACAGAAAAAUCAGUUGGUAAAAAAAAAAGAUGGAUAUUGCUAUAAAAUUGGUAACUCUGCGGUGUGCUGUUUUUAUGUGGUAGAAGGGCAGCAGAUACACAUUGUAUGUUGUAGACAGUAAUUCCAUGAUUGCUAAUGUUAAAUUCACAGGUCGUUAAAAUCUCUCAUUCUUACUCUGUUGUCUGGUUCUUUGGAAAUACUUAGCAUGAAGGUUAAUAAGGCAGGUAUAUCUAGAAAACACAGGAAUUCUCAAUGAUCUAUUUAGCUAAUGCUAAUAAUAAAUUAAUAACACCCAC